AUGGUGUCCUUCAAGUCUUUGCCGGCGUUUGUUUUGCUAGGCGUCGCUUCUGCGGCCGGUGACCAGUCCUACGACUACGUUAUUGUUGGUGGCGGUACUGCUGGUUCUGCUCUGGCAGCGCGUCUGAGUCUUGGACUCCCUGAUGCUCAGAUCCUGCUUCUUGAAGCCGGCCCGUCGGCUUUGGACGACCUCCGUAUCAAUGUUCCCGGUCUGCGAGGAUCCAUCUUGGGAAGCACUUUGGAUUGGAACUUUACCACGGUCGACCAGAGCGGCCUCGGUGGCCGACAGAUUGGUGUGAACCGUGGAAAGGUGCUGGGUGGUUCUUCGGCGAUGAACUACUUGUGCUAUGACCGCGCCUCUUCUCCCGAGUACGAGGCGUGGAGUGAGAUGGGCAGCGAGGGAUGGACCUGGGACGUCAUGAUCGAGGCUAUGACCAAGUCGGAGAACUUCACCGGGUCAGACAAGGACCCCCGCGGACGUUCCGGUCCCAUUCGCAACACCUACAACCGCGUUCUAUUCGACGUUCUUCACAGCUGGGAGCCUGCUGCCACCGAGCUUGGCCUUCCUCUCAACGCAGAGGGGAACAUGCAUGGCAACCCUAUCGGUCUCAUGAUCCAGGGCACCAAUAUUGACAACAGGGACUACUCGCGGUCUUACAGCGCCAACAGCUACCUGCCCCUGGCCGGUAGCAACCUUGUCGUUCAACCCAACACUCAGGUUGCCAAGGUUAACUUGAAGAAGACUUGCGAGACCCAGUACGCCGCUACCGGUGUCACUCUGGCUGAUGGCACUGUCAUUACUGCAACCAAGGAGGUCAUCCUGUCGGCUGGUUCAAUCCAGAGCCCUGGCCUUCUCGAGCUUUCUGGAAUUGGCCAGCCUGAGGUCAUCAAGGCGGCUGGAGUCGAGCCUCUCAUCGACCUUCCCGGCGUUGGUGAGAACUACCAGGACCACAUCCGUACUUCCAACGUGUACCGCCUCAAGGAGGGUUUCGACUCUUUCGAUCACCUCAUCUUCGAGGCUGGUGGAGAGAACGCCACUGCCGAGCUUCAAAAGUGGAUUGAUGGAGAGGUUUCUCUGUACGACUACACAUCUGCCGCCUAUGGUUUCUUGAACUGGGGCCAAGUCGACAGCCAGGCCCAGGCCGACCUCAUCGCGCUUGCUGAAGCCGCCGUCGCCAACAGCACCAGCCCCAUUGACAAGAAGAAGAUUGAGUUCUUGAAGAACGAUGCCGUUCCUGACUAUGAGCUCAUCUUCGAGGCCAACCACGUCGGCGCAGCUGGUUACCCUGGCUCGGGCAAGUUCAUCACCAUCUUCAGCACCGUCAUGCACGCCCUCAGCCGCGGAAACGUGCACAUUGACCCCGCCAACCCCACGGGCAAGCCCAUCAUUGACCCCAAAUACUUCAGCAACGAGCACGACAUCAAGGCCGCGAUUGAGGGCUCCAAGUUCGCCCGUAAGAUUGCCGAGUCUGGACCUAUCAAGGCCUUUUGGGAGGCCGAGACCGAGCCCGGCCCGGAUGUUCAGACGGAUGAGCAGUUCCGCGACUUCACUGUCAACACUCUUAACAGCUUCUACCACCCCGUCGGUACCUGCUCCCUCCUGCCGCGUGAGGAUGGUGGUGUCGUUGACGCCGACCUGAAGGUUUACGGAACCCACAACCUGCGCGUGGUCGACAACAGUAUCAUCCCUGUUAUCCUGUCAGGCCACAUCCAAACCGCUGCCUACGGAAUUGCUGAAGUCGCUGCUGCCAAGAUUAUUGCUAAAGCUGCCUAA